AUGACCGAUUUGACCCAACAGCUGAUUACACCGAGCGCAGCCGAUGGAGUCGCCUUUCCGUGGUGGAUUUUGCAGCAGAUCUUAGCCGCAGCUGUGGCUGUGCUCAUCACCAUUUUGGACAAUUUUCCGUAUGGAUUCCUCUUGUUUCCCGGUGAAUUGCCUGGCACUUCCGGUUUCGGGAUCUCGAUGGUGCUGCUCUCGGCAGCCAUGGCACAGAUCGUCUUCGCGUUGCAGUCAGAUCUGCCAGUAGGACUGGGAUGUAUGAUCGUUGAGAACACUCCGAUGCUUCAUUCCAUGGCCCUGUCUGUCUCGGCUUCGGUGGACCGUCCGGAGCAGAUUGUCCCAACGCUGCUGGCGUUGUAUGCCGUGGCGUCCUUGCUGACGUCGCUGGCCUUUUUCCUCUUGGGUUACUUCCAACUGGAACGGAUCUUCAAGAUUCUGCCGCAGCCAGUGUUGAUGGGAUGCAUAGCAGGAAUGGGCAGUUACAUUCUCACAGCAGGGCUGGCUGCAUGCACCGGAGUCAGCUGGGAAUGGACUGAGACACAGCUGCUGCGACAAGCACAGCAUUGGCCAAAGUUGCUGGUGCUGUUUUGCUUGGAGAUGAUGUUGCUCUAUUGCUUGAAGCUCUCCAGGGGCAGGGGCUGGGAAUCCUUUGUUUUGCCCCUCUUCUUUCUUGGGCUGCUCUUUGGCAGCUGGAUAAGCUUGGCCUGCCUGGGCUGUUCCCAUCGCCAUGCCCAAGAGGAGGGCUGGUUUUUUAGAGACUUCCCAGAGGACAGUGGGAUGUCGUGGAACUUUCAGCUGGAUCUGGUAGCAUGGAGGCUGUUUCCCUACCAGCUGCCAUUGCUCUGCGGCAUCGUCAUUUUCAGCUGCCUUCAUGUUCCAGUGAACGUGCCGGCACUUGCUCAGGCCACCCGCAAGCAGGCGGAUAUCAACAAGGAACUGUUUGCGCAUGGAGUUGCAAACUUGUUCUCUGGAUGCUGUGGAUGCUUGCAGACCUACAUGGUGUACUCCUCCAGCGUUUUGUAUCACAAAUGUGGUGGUGGAGCCCGGGUGACGGGUGUCAUAGUAGGCUUCCUGGUGAUUCUCUGCAUUCCAGUGGCUAAUAGUCUCAUCUCUUAUGUGCCAAGGAUGCUGGCAGGAGUGCUCUUAGGGCAUCUAGGUGUGGAGCUUCUCUGGGAAUCUUUGUUGGACACAUGGCCAAAUCUGGACACCUUGGAAUAUGUCAUUGUGGUGGUCAUCGCAGUGGUGUGCAACAUCAGUUUCAUUUUUAGCCUCCUAUUUGGGCUUCUCUGUGCCUGUGUGGCUUUCGUCGUUCAAGCAGCCCGCUCGGACCCGGUAAGAUUCGCCUUCUAUCCGGGCAGGGGAGUCCGAUCACGACAGAUGCGCAGUCAAAGGGAACUGCGAAUCCUGGAAGAAUUUGACCAGAAAGCAGGGUUUCUCAUCCUGAGACUCCAUGGAGUGCUUUUCUUUGGCAACACGCAUUCCCUGCCAGAAAGGGUGCAGAAGGUGAAGUGUCGAGCUGUGAUCAUCGAUUUUGCCCAAGUGAUAUCCAUUGACUCCUCUGCAUUCAGUGAGUUGAACAGCCUGGCUGGAACGUUGCAGAACAAGUCCAUCACCUUGAUUUGCAGCGGCCUCAUGAACAUGUCCAAGGUGCAGCGGCAUCCGCAUCUUGCAGCAGCACGCUUUGCCAAAGACAUGGACACAGCCGUGGCCUUAGUGGAAUCCUUAGCCCUGGCAGUUUCUGAUCCGCUGCCGUCGACCGUCUCGGUCUCCUCCCUGUUGGGCGACAGCCAGCGAGCGGAAGCAAAGGAGGCAGACAUCCAUUUCUUCCAGAAGGUUUGUGAUGAGUUGUUGCAAGAUCUCGAUUUGCCGCUGCAAACCAGCGUGGCUUUGCGUGCCUUCUUUGAGUUCCAACGCGUGGCAAAGGGCACGGUCCUGUGGAGACCCGGUGAUCCUGCAGACUUCGCGUUUUUGCUGGUCACUGGACACGUGGGAGUCCUAGAUGACUUCUGCGACAGUCAUGGACGGCAUUCCGGGGCGAGCUUCGUGGAAUGCAGCGUUCCAGGGCAGUUCACUGGAGAGCUGAACCUGUUCACUGGAGAGUCCCGCAAGAAUCGCAUUGUGGCCACAGAAGAUCUCUCCAUGUGGACCAUUACUAGGGAGAGCUUGCAGCAAAUGCAGCGAGAUCAGUUGCAAUUGGCCUUUGCUUUUCAAAGCAUUGCGCUUCGCUAUGCUGCCCACAGGAUGAACCUCAGCAUGCUGGAUGGCCACGUCCAUACGGUUUGA